AUGAAUAUGUCUACGCCUUCAUUAGACGAGGAAGUAGCUAAAUUUACAUCAACCCUACUAUCGGAUAUCCAAUCCAAGUCCUCCAUUGAGAUAGAUCAUUUCAAAAUCACCAAAAAUGAUGUAAUAAAAUCACGAAUUGAUAAAAUUUUAACCCUAUUCCAAGCUGAUACACCGAUCUUGCUUGAAGGUAUGACUCGAGACGUACAGAAACUCAUAUCAAUAAUUGAAAUAGCCAAGCAGAAGCAUGGAUCGAAGGUGCAUCAGUAUAAUUGUUUAUUACGCGUGCGAACGCGGAUUAACCCUUAUAAGAAGCAGGUGAACAAAGGGGUUGAAGUUGUUGAUUUUAGCACGGCUUUAAAAAUGACUGCUAUUGCUGAUGGUAAAAAUGAUAGCCAUGUCAAUGAAGGCAAUGACGAUGAUGACGAUGAUGAUGGUUUAGAUUCUGAGGUUGUCGAACGAGAAUUUCCAGGAGCAAUUGCUCGUGGUGCAGGGAAUAGAAGUAAGAAAAAGGAGCCAAAUAAUAAAGAGAAAGAGACUGAGAGCAAGACAGCUAGAACGCAAGAAGAGAAGGAUGCUCAAAAGGAGAUACAGGGUGAUAAAGUUUAUGAUAUACCUGUCAUGUAUAUACUCCUUAGUGGAAAGGAUCUUUCUCUGUAUUUAGAUAGCGAUUGGACCAUCCAAAGUUGA